AUGUCCGCCCUACGAUGCAUCCGCUCUGCGCGUGGCUCCCCGCUCCUCCGCCUUGGAGGUCUACAAUCGUACCACAUCAGCCAACCCUCCAUACAUCGAUUGCGACCCGUCUUUCGCUCUUUGCACAGCCUGCCAAGCUAUAGCAAAUGGCAGCCCGGCCCAAUUCCAUUCCAAUUGCAAUGUUCCAUCCGACCAUCGCUCCCAAAAUCCACAGCGCGAAGCUACACUGGAUCUACCGGCAAAGCCGAAGCCGAUCUCCUGGUCGAGGAACUACAAGAGCUGUACGAAGUCGCCAAAGACGAGUUCGAAAUAGCCACGGAGAGCACCGAGUCAUCUACCAUCUAUGCUGCCUCGGACCGCGAGUCUGCCCGCGAUGCUCUCAACCAGCUGGCCACUGUGUACAGCCUCUACACUGCUCGUCCAGGGGAAGUCGAGAAUGAGACAGAGGAGUCGCUCUUUGAAGGAGAGGAGUCCCCGGAGAGCGCUAUUGUCGAGACCCAAUACAAUCCGGCGGAGAUCCCGCAGGGUAUUAAGGAUGAGGUGCGUCGGCGGGUCGGGCAUCGGAUUCGGGAAUUGAAGAAUGCUGUUGAGGCGUUGGAGCAGAGCGCAAUGGAGGAGUGA